AUGAAUUGCUUAACACAUAGUGGUGUUUUUAAAUCAUUAUGGACUCGUCCAUUCUUUAGAGCAGGCAAUUUGUAUACUUGGGGUGUUCACAGUUUAGGAUGUGGAAUCAAUCAAGAUUCUUAAGGGGAUCAAUUGAGACCAAGGAGAAUUGAUGCUUUCAAUGGAAAUGUUUAAAAAGUAUAUCCAAGUGAAUACUUUACAGCUGUGAUAACAGGUAUUGAUAUAUAAAUAAAUGAUAAGAUAAUGGUGAUUUGUAUACAUUUGGUAAUAAUAAUUAUGGAUAAUUGGGAUUGGGUAAUACUGAAUAAUAAUAAACACCAUAACUUGUGAAAUAUUUUAGAGAUAAGGGAUUAAAGGUUGUAGAUGUUGCAUUAGGAUCAAACCAUGGAGUAGCAUUAGCUUGUAAUAAAUAUAAUUAAUAUGACAGCUGAUGGAAAUAUUUAUACAUGGGGAAGUGCAAAUAAUUCAGUUUUAGAUUAAUUGUUAUGCAAACCUAAUGGAUUAGGUGAUAAUUACACUAAUAAUCUUCUUUAACCAUAAAUUGUAUAGAAAUUGGUUGGAACACCAAAAGGUAAAUUUGUGAGUGCUGGGAUUAACUACUCAAUUAUGGUAAAUGAAAACAAUUAAGUUUAUGUAUGGGGAGCUGGAAAAAGAGGAGAACUUGGUAAUGGAUGCAGUUUGAAUUUCAAAUAUCCUGAAUUGAAUCCUAUUUUUGAAUAAUUAACUAAAUCUGGUUAUACAAUCUAAAAGAUAAAGUCAUGUUUUGCUGGAACUUUGGCAUUAUUAAGUAAGUACAUAUUAUUAAUAAUUAUUUUUAGAUGAAGGAAUUGUAGUUGGAUGGGGAAGAAGUUAUUAUGGUUCUUUAGGUGUCAGAUAAUAAGAAUAUGUUGUUACAGAUUUAGUAUUAAUUNUAAAUAUUAGUAAUAGUUAGAGAAUUUAAUCAAAAACAUUUUAUUUUAAUCAUAUAAACAUAAUAUUUUAGUAGAUAAUCUUGAUAUUUCAAUUUUAAUCUCUUUUUAUUUGAAACAUAUAAAUGUUGUGAAUUAAGUUUUUUUUAAAGUAUAGGGAUUUUCUAAUAGAAAAUGA